UGAAUAGUAAAUAGUUCUAUAGUAAAUGUUUAUAUUUUGAAAAAUUCGUUAAUAUUACGCGACAACCCUACGUACUCGUCAGUAUUUGUUUUUUUUUCAAACUUAAUUCGAUAGUGUUGUUAUUGCGAUUUGUUCGUUUUCGUCAAACGCACCGGCGUCGCAUUAGACAGAAUAAUAAUUAUUCAUACCGGAUGACUUACGCGUCGGGGAAUAAAUUUGAAAAUAAUAUAAUAUUAUGUUGGCCGCCGACGUUAAGCAGCUAUACCGUAUGUGGGUUAAUGGGGGAACGCCGAACGGAACGGCACGGCACGAGACGACAUGCAAAAUGGUGGCAGCGGCGGCGUUGUCGUCCGCGGUGCUGGGACCCUGGUACAAAUCGGCGUAAGUGAUGCGUCCGGGCGGUCGGUCCGAAAGUGCACGACCGCGGACAGAGAGUACCCAAAAUGUCGGGCAACAGUCUGGUUUCGAUAAAAACGGGGGCCCCCUGAACGUGGCCUGCGCACUGAGUCCCGCGUUGAGGCAGGUCAUGAUCCAUAGUGGUCUGGGGCGAAUCCAUGACAGCCGUCCGGGGUAUAAUACGAUGCGAGUCCUACAGCCGGCGACAAGGUACCUUACCUCACCGGUUUGCGGUGGAUUUGCCCACGCUCAAAGCGCAUCGAAGUGCACGUGCCUAUCACUAUUCACUACAAUGUUAUCACAUCGACAGUCAUUGCAGUUUUCGAACUAAAUCUACCGGCAAACAGUAUUAACUGCUGUGUUGAAAAUAUGCAAUCAAAAUAUUCGCCGUUCAGAUAGAACUGAGGGUAAAAAUUUAGUUGUAUUUCAAAUUUGGCAAUUUGUUUAAGAUGUCUAAACCUGUGUAUUAUUCAUUGAGCCAAACGACUUUUCAAGCUGCAUCCGUGCCGCAAGUCAAAAGUCCAUUAUCUUUAACUGAAUUAUCUCGACAGCUACUUCCUUCGAAAAUAAGCAAUAAAGAAAUUGAUGCUGGAUUUAAAAGAACAUAUUGGCUUGGGGUUCUUGAAAAUAAGAAAACAAAAUCAACACCGAAACUUCACCAUACAGGACAAUCAAAACCAAAAAAUCAAUUGAAACGAGUGUUAGGAAUAAAUAGACCGCCAAAAGAUGUUUUAUCAUACGAUGAUGCAAUGAAAUUAAAUAAAUUAUGGUUGUCAUAUAUGAAAACAGUAAUCAAUCUUGAGGAUUUAGUUUCGAGAGGAUGGAAUGGUAAACCAUGUGGUAAACACUGGUCAGGUCUUAUGACAAGUUUGUAUAAAUGUGAUUACCACGGUGCUCACGUUAAAGUGAUAAGUUCCAGAUGUUGUUCAUAUAUUGGUAUACAGGGUGUAAUUAUACUCGAAACUAAAAAUACAUUCCAAAUUGUAGGACCUGAUAACACACUAAAAACUGUUCCAAAAAAUGGCUGUGUAUUUGAAAUUGUGUUACAAGGUUACCUUUUCCAUAUUUAUGGACAACAUUUCGUAACCAGGUCAAAAGAUCGUUCAAAGAAGAAACUAAAAGACAAUCUGCUGUUACAAUUAUGAUAUCUCAUUACCUUGUUGACCUAAUUUUUUUAUAAGUUUCAUUUAAUGAUUUUUGUUAUUUUAUUUUUACCGACUACCAUACUAUAAUAAACAGAGUAGUAACAAAAUCAAACGGUUAAUUCAUAAGAAAAGUACUUUACCAUUACGGUAUUCGUUGGAUGUUUAAGAAAUUUUACACUUUAAAUCUUUAUUUCAUUGCCCGUUAAUUGUGUAUUCUACUUAGAGUUGCCAAAUAUUAUGUUAACCAGAUAAUGAAAAACAAAUUUAAAUAUUUUAUUGUCGGUUGUCUUUAAAUUUGCUUAACAUUUGAGCAUAAAUGGUAGAUCUAAAUUUUUGAUACCGUCGCCGUUGUAGAAAAAACCGUGUACACCGGUGUUCAUGUCUUGAAAAAAUACUGCGCCCGGCCACAACAGGUUGUGCAUCACAAAAUAUCUGUUGAAUAUGAUUCGUGCAGCCCAACAGUCUUUUACAAAAAAUAGUAAUUAAAUAAAUACUUAAGCUGCGACCUUUAAAUUACAAUAAUCGCCGUACCCUUGGGGAUGUCAUUUUCAAUGGACUCCAGCAUGUCUAUGGACGCAUUAUAGUAACAUCGUAGCUUUGCUUUGCUUUCGGACCCUUUGGCUGAUGGAAAUUGCUCUUUCAGAUGUAGAAAAUUGCGUAAGUCGUCUAUUUCCGAAUGAUCCAGACCUGCGGUUUACCUUAACUUCAGAUUCUUGUAUGUUGGCAUCAUAUGACGCAUUAUUUAUGUGCCUACUGCCGCCUACCCUUAUAGCACGGCGCGUUCACUAUAUUUCCAUUGGGGAGUUUAUACAGGAAGCCCCGGAGCACCACAUGCGUCUCGUUUUCAAUCAUGUCUACUGCAACUGCCAAUCUGUCUUCCUCUUUAAUCAUCUUGGUCGCGUCCGAAUCCCUCGAACCGGAGAUUUCCUAUACUCAAGGUAAAAUAUUGGUAAUCAAAAUAAUAAUUCUACUCAAUAUUCCGUUCACUAUUUGCAAUAGAUCAAUUUGGGCAAAAUUAAACACUUAAGGGCAGUGUAGACCAAAACAAAAAUUAGCAGGCUAUUAUUAUUAUUUUUUUUAAACCCAGCAAAUAUUUUUUGACGAAUUAAUAACAAACAUUAUACCAAUUUUUAAAAAAUAUUUUAUUAAGUAU